ACUUAUAAAAAAAAAAAAAAAGAAAAAAAAAGAAGAAAGAACAAGAUUGCUUUGAAUCUCUCUGUUCGUUUGAGAUUUAUUGGCGUGCACAACUGAGUCACAGGAAACAAACACAAUCACGAAGGCUUAGAGAUAAAAAUGGAUCUCUACGCGCAAGACCUCUCUCUCUUCGACUACAACCUCAGCUUCUCCGAUCCAAUCCUCCAACCCUUCUCUCAUCGCCGGACUUCUUCCUCUUCCAAUUCCACGACUACCCUUUGUGACGAUGAUUUUGUUGAUAGCAACAAGAGCAAUUCUGGUAGCAAGAGCGUUGACAGGCGCGUGAUGGCCAAUCGCAGCCCUCCAAAGCACCGCCAUGACGGCAAGUCGCCGCUCCCUCUGGGCAUGGACUGGAGCCCCCCUCCUCGCAAAUGGGAUGGACGUGACACUGUUUGGCCACAUGAUUUUCAUUCUGGUUGGAAUUACUGCGUCACAAUUCCUUCCUGGCUUUUCCUUUCCAAAUCAAGAGGUUCAGAUCCUGUGGUGUUUUACAGGGUUCAAGUUGGUAUACAAUCUCCAGAAGGGAUUACUACUACUCGAGCAAUAUUACGAAGAUUUAAUGAUUUUUUGAAGCUUUUUUCUGAAGUCAAAAAGGCAUUUCCUAUGAAAAAUCUGCCUCCAGCUCCUCCAAAGAGGAUUUUGAAAAUGAAAAGCCGGACACUUUUGGAAGAGCGGAAGUGUUCUUUGGAGGAUUGGAUGGAAAAAUUAUUGUCAGACAUUGAUUUAUCAAGAAGUGCUCCAGUGGCAACCUUUCUUGAGCUAGAAGCUGCUGCGAGGUCUUCGUUCAAUGAUGAGAAUCAGGGAAUUCCAGAUGCUUAUUCUUCAACUAGUGGUGUGGUUCCAUCAUCUUUGUUCCAUGCCAACUCAGAUGUUUCUGUGCUUGUUGCCAGUUCAUCCAUUGCAUCAGAUCAUGGUAAUGAUACUCCUUAUGAGAUAUCUGAGGUCGGAACACCAAGGCACUGGAAUGAUGGUUCUGCUGAUCUUGGCAUGGAGAAGUCAAUAUCCGCACAAGAUCUAUUUGAUCCAAUUGGAACAACUGACAAGUAUGGCAUGUUUAACAGAAAGUUUAUUCGGGGGAGCCUACAAAGAUUUUCCAGGCGUAGAAUGCAUACAGGAAGUGAGGGCUACAGUACAGGCAGGGAUGAAAUAAUCGAGAAUACUUCUGAUUCUAAACUUCUCCGCAUGGAUGGAACAGAGUUUUUUCCUGAGCUAGGGGACUGCAAGCUGGCUGGCCACGUUCGUAGACUCUCAACUGAGAGUGUUGGAAGUGACUUGAGCUCUGUAAGAGCCAGUGAAAUAUCGAAUAUUGGGGCAGUCAAUUUAAGUGGUGAUUACCAUGACCAUUCUGAAGGUCCUGAAGCUCCAAGAAACAUGGAUUCUUUUGGAAACCCAGAUUUACAGCUUCCAAGGGAUUUACUGGUUGCUCUUCCCUAUGAUGAACGACAUAAAUUGAAUAGGGUACUUGUUACCAUGCAGCGGAGACUGGCCACAGCAAAAACAGACUUGGAGGAUCUUAUAGCAAGAUUGAAUCAAGAAGUUGCCGUGAGACAAUUCCUCACAACAAAGGUCAAAGAUUUGGAAGGGGAGCUUGAAACUACCAGACAGAAUUGUAAAGAUAACAUGGAACAGGCUGUUUUAACUGAAAGGGAAAGAUUUACUCAAAUGCAGUGGGAUAUGGAGGAGCUUCGCAGUAAGUGCUUGGAGUUGGAACUAAACUUGAAGUCUGAACAGGAUGAAAAGGUGCGUGCAGAGUCAACAAAAAUAGCAAUGAUUCAGGAGAAAAAAAUGUUGCUGCAGGAGUUGGAUUUUGCUAGAGAACAGCUUGAGAACUUGCAGAGACAUCAUGAAGAGUUUGAGGUGAAAUCAAAGGCAGAUGUAAAGCUGCUGGUUAAGGAGGUCAAAUCUCUUCGAAGUUCUCAGUUAGACUUGAAGCAGGAGCUCAGCCAAUUAAUGAAAGAAAAACUAGAAGUAGAGAGGAUUCUUCAAAAGGAAAAGCAAAAAAUGGAGCAAGCAAAUACUGCUAAUGCAAAGUUACUGCAUGAAUGUGGAAUUCUUCGUGAUAGGCUUCAAGAAUGUAGUGUUAAUUUUCUCGUUGAAGAGGAAGAUAAAUUAACUGUGGACACUUCAUCACCAUCUGAUGCAAUAGAUUUGUUGACAACAUCUGACAAUAGAAUUGGUCUCCUACUCGCUGAGGCACAGCUCCUUGCACAGGAUGUAGAAAAUGCUGUUGUGGCAGUGGACGAAACUCGCAGUAUAAAUGGCAGUAGUGAUAAAAGGACAAAUGAUGAUGAGUUGAGGAAGAUGGUGACAGAUAUAUUCGUUGACAAUGCUACAUUAAGGAUGCAGGUGAACUCAGUUAUCCGUUGUGCUCUAAACACAAGUGUUAAGUCCGAGAAAGAUGAUGAGGACGAGGAAGUUCCUUUGAGAAAGAAUGUUCUAAUCAAGUUCUUAGAAAGAUGACGUGGUUGAUCGUGUAGAUUAAUGUUUUGUGUGGCAAAUUCUAUUACAUUCUCCAAGUAAAUGCAAUAGAAACCCAUUGAGUUUUGUAACAUAUGAGGUCUGUGCCUGAAUAACAUUGUUGUAUCAUUUUGUUUUCUGAAAUAAAAGAGCCUAUUUACACGCAAA